GCGGUUUUAGUCUUUCCGAACGAAAAAAGUUGUUUAAGAAAUACAGAAAAGUGCAAAAGGAACACUAAACUCACCUCAUCCAGAGAGCUUGAAAUCAUGAAUCCUGUUUAUAGCCCUGGAUCUUCUGGGGUUCCCUAUGCAAAUGCCAAAGGAAUCGGUUAUCCAGCUGGCUUUCCCAUGGGCUAUGCAGCAGCAGCUCCUGCGUAUUCUCCUAACAUGUACCCUGGAGCAAAUCCUGCCUUCCAGACAGGCUAUACUCCUGGCACCCCCUACAAAGUGUCAUGUUCCCCUACCAGCGGGGCUGUGCCGCCAUAUUCCUCCUCUCCCAACCCCUACCAGACAGCCGUGUACCCUGUAAGAAGUGCCUACCCCCAGCAGAGCCCAUAUGCCCAGCAAGGCACUUACUAUACACAACCACUGUAUGCAGCGCCCCCUCACGUCAUCCACCACACCACAGUGGUGCAGCCUAAUGGCAUGCCAGCGACUGUGUACCCUGCGCCCAUCCCUCCUCCUCGAGGCAAUGGGGUCACCAUGGGCAUGGUUGCUGGGACCACCAUGGCCAUGUCAGCAGGUACUCUGCUGACUGCUCAUUCCCCAACUCCUGUUGCCCCUCACCCAGUCACUGUGCCCACAUACCGGGCCCCAGGAACACCCACCUACAGCUACGUGCCCCCUCAAUGGUGAUUACCCUGCAAAUAAAUGUGUGAGGAUGGAGCUGUGCAGUCACAUCAUUGAGUUCCACAGCUGGUGCUGCAGGCCUUGUGCCUCCAACCAGGACUUUCUUCUUAAUGCUCUCGACACUUAGCUAAAUACAACGUCCCGGCCCAGCAGGUCCCAGCGCCGUUAGUCUCCAACUAACUCUGUGGGUUGGUCUUAAAGCAAAUCCUGUUUUGUGGACUGCCUGGCAAUUUUUUAGCUAACUGUAAUGAUAAAAAAACAAAAGGGAGUAUUAAUCUAUUCUGACUCAUAUCUAGUUGAAUGCAUGUUUAAAAAAUACACAAAAACAAAGCUUGCUCAAUCUACCUGCAGUGACUGAUGCAAAACCAUCAUAUGCAAAACCCAAAGGUAUGGAAAUGUAUUUUACAACUUGUAUCACUAAUGCACUGUUGUAAUGUAUGCAGUCUUAAAGUUA